GUUCGAGUCCCGGCGUCGGUAGAUCCAGUACCCGCGUCCCUGAAAUCCCAAAUCCCGCCCCCCCCGGGCCACGGAGGAAGGAGACCCACGGCCCCGCCGGUCCCCUCUGGGCAGGGGAGACACCUCUCCCCGGCUGGCCGAUACCCCGAGGAGGAGCAGGAGGCAGCAGCGCUGCAGGCGGGAGGGGAUGCAGUGCCACGCAGACAACGCGCAGGCAGGGGACGGGCCGGCGGUGGGGCAGGAUGAAGCCCCUCUGCUUGCCCCACAGCCCUCUUCCCGCACAGGGCUCUGCUCCGCUCGCUCUGGCCUGGCCCUGCUCCUCCACGUCUCUCUCUUCCUGGCAUACGCGCUGCGGGUCAGCCUCAGCAUCGCCAUCGUGGCCAUGACCAACAGCAGCCACCCCCACGGCUGGUCCGGCAGCGCUCCCCACAGCUCCCACCCAGGACUUGCUUGGGAUCCCCCCGUGUACAACUGGAGCGCUGAGACCCAAGGAAUCAUCCUCAGCUCCUUCUUCUACGGCUACGGCCUCACGCAGGCGCUGGGCGGGUACUGCUCGGGGCUGUUUGGGGGCAAACCCAUCCUGGGCAGUGGGCUCCUGCUCUCCUCCCUGCUCACCCUCCUCCUGCCCGUGGCAGCAGAGCUUGGUGUCGGCGUCCUCAUUGGCCUCCAGGUGCUGCUGGGCUUGGCUGAGGGAGUGAUAUUCCCAGCUCAGUACACGCUCUGGGCAAAGUGGGCCCCUCCGCUGGAACGCAGCAGGCUCAUGAACAUCGCUGAUGCUGGAUGCACGUUCGGGACUUUCUUCGCUCUCCUCGUGGCUGGGAUCAUCUGCCAGAGUCUGGGGUGGCCUUUUGUCUUCUACAUCUUUGGUGGUGUUGGCUGUGCCUGGUGCCUCUGCUGGUUCCUCCUUGUGUACGAGGACCCUGCACAUCACCCAUGGAUUAGUGCUGGGGAGCAGGAGUACAUUGUGGCUUCUCUGGUUCAGCAGGGCAGCUCUCAUGGCCUCUCCCUCCCACUAAUGGCCAUGGCUAAAUCACUGCCUCUUUGGGCGAUCACCAUCGCCUGCUUCUGCACUGACUGGAUGUUCUACAUGCUGCUGACCUCCAUGCCCACGUUCCUGAACAACGUCCUCCACUUUGACCUCAGAGAGAACGGGCUCCUCUCCUCCCUGCCUUACAUUGGGAACGGGCUGGGACACAUCCUGGCUGGGCUACUGGCCGAUUUCCUCCUGGCCCGGCGAGUGCUUGGCACAGCAGCCGUCAGGAAGCUCUUCUCAGCGCUCGGGAUGCUGCUCCCAGCUGCCUUCCUGCUGGCUGUGCCUUACGUUGGCUGCAGCUCCACGGUUGUUGUCGUCCUCCUGACGCUGGCCUUGACGAUAAUCAGCACGACAGGGGCAGGCAUCAACAUUAACCACAUGGAUAUAGCCCCCAGAUAUGCAGGGUUCCUGCUGGGAAUCACAAAUACCUUUGGCAUAGUUGCAGGAAUUAUUGCUCCUACCGCUGUUGGACUUCUCGUGGGCCAGAAUCUCCAGACUGGCUGGAGAAAUGCCUUCUUCCUGUCUGCAGCCCUCAACCUGUUUGGCCUGAUCUUCUACGUCGCCUUUGGCAGCGGGACCAUCCAGGAUUGGGCUAGGGAGGACACAGCUGUGCAAUGAGAGCCACCAGCCUGGGAAGGUACCCAAGGGAAUGGGCUGCAGAGCCCCCUCCACAACCCUCCUCUCGCCUGCACAGCGAAACUCAGCCCCAGCCUUCUCCUCGGGCCGUGGCUACGCAGCCCUGCCUGCCCUCUGGCUCUGGAAGUGCCCACCACCUUCUCCACCUUCCCAUCCCAACCUACUGCCCUGGGGAGGCAGCAGCCCCCCCAACCCACGCUGCCCGCUCUGCAUUUAACCCCUCAGCCUUCACCCCCGAGAAGGAAUGCUGCAGAAUGGAUGGAUCCUAAACAGCAGAGCUGGUAAAGCUGGCUCUCGAGGAAUCAUAGAAUUGGCCAGGUUGGAAGGGACCUUUAAGAUCAUCUAAAUCCAACCAUCAACCCAACUCUGAUCAAGCCCAUUGCUAAACCUUGUCACCAAGUGCUAUGUCAGCCCGUCUUUUGAACACCUCCAGGGAUGGUGCCUCAACCCCUGCCCUGGGCAGCCCCUUCCAAGGCUUAAUAGAGCUCUC